AUGAAACUAGACUGUGAUGUUAGCGUCUUCGCCAUCGCGGAUGAGGUAAUGCCCGAUAAGAACCCCGCGAUAAGAUUCUUUUUCUUCUUCGCAUUCUGGCUUCUGAUCUUCAAACUACCUGCCACGCAAAGGCAACAUGUGGAGCUCGGCAUGCUCUCAGCCUUUCGAUCAUUCAAUCCUCGCAGAACACUCAUGGAUCCCCUCAUAGCCGUCGUCGGCGCAACGGGCACCGGCAAGUCCAAGCUCGCCGUGGACUUGGCCGCCCGAUUUAACGGAGAAAUCAUCAACGGCGACGCGAUGCAAAUGUACCGCGGUCUCCCAAUCAUCACGAACCAAAUCCCCAUCGCCGAACGCAAGGGCGUCCCACACCACCUAUUAAGCUGUGUCGAUCUCGAAGCCGAAGCAUGGCGGAUCAGUCACUUUAAAAAGGAGGCACUGCGUCUUAUCGAGGAUAUCCGGAGUCGGGGCAAAUUACCCAUUCUCGUCGGCGGCACCCAUUAUUAUACCCAGGCCGUGCUGUUCAAGGAUCAAUUAGUCGGGGAGGGAUCUGACGUUGAAGAUGGUGUGGAAGCCUACGAGGAAGUACCCUGUACAUCGGAGAAAUGGCCUAUCCUUGAUUCAUCGCCGGAAAUCCUAAUGGAGAAAUUGAAGGAGGUUGAUCCCGUUAUGGCGGCGCGCUGGCACCCGAAAGAUGCAAGGAAGAUUCGCCGGUCAUUGGAAAUUUAUUUCCAGACUGGACGGCCUGCUUCGGAGAUUUAUGCUGAACAGCAGAUUCAAAAGGAGAAGGCUGUUUCGCAAGAGGAGGGAUUGCUGCGAUUUGAGAACACCCUUAUCUUCUGGGUUCAUGCUGAGAAGGAGAUUCUUAAUGCGCGACUGGAUGCGCGUGUUGAUGAUAUGGUUCAGCAAGGUUUACUCGCCGAGGCUGAGACUAUGUUUGACUUUUUGCAAAGCAAAGAGGCACAGGGGAUUCCGGUUGAUCUUACGCGUGGUGUGUGGGUGUCUAUUGGCUUCAAGGAGCUGGCUCCAUACUUUACAGCGCGUCGACAGGCGGAGAUGAGUGAGGAGGAGCUGCUGGCUUUGCGCAGUAGGUGUAUCGAGUCUAUUCGGACUGCGACGAGGCAAUACGGUGGAUCGCAGGUUAAGUGGAUUCGCAAUAAAUUGUGGCGGGCCCUCGCGGAGGCGGACAUGACGAGGCGGUUGUAUCUUCUUGACACCAGCAAUGUGAGUCAAUGGGGUGGAUGCAUUACGGAUCCCUCAGAGCAGAUUGUCCAGUCGAUGCUGCAGAGUGAAACUACUCCGGAUCCGAAGAGUCUUUCCGUGCUGGCGAAGACUGUGCUCGGCGCUAAGGAAGAACAGGCGCAGGCGCAGCCUGGAUCCGCUAUGAAGAGCUUUACCUGUGAUGUAUGCGGGAAGACUGUGGUUGGCGACGAACAGUGGGAGAUUCAUCUCAAGAGUUAUAGUCACAAGCGAGGUGUUAAAUCUGCGGCUCGAAAAGCGGAGCGAGAUGCGUACUUUCGCAAGCGGGAGCUGGAGGCUCAGAAGGGAGAGGCCCUGGAGGCUGAUUCCGAGGGCAAGUUGAAUGCAUAA